AUGGCUCGAUUAAAGUCAUCUCACAAAUCUUCUUCGCGAAAGUCAAACCCCCAAAAGAACAUCCCAACAUCAAAAAGACCUUCGAUGAUCGAUGUAGACGGCAAGGUCGAAGUCAAGUACUAUCCUUGCUUCGUUACCCAUACCUCACCAGCUACCCUAACCCUAAGGUUAAUGAGAGAUGUGUCUCAUUUGCCUGAAGAUCAACGCAAGCGAUUUCUUGAUGAUGUUUUCACGUUGGGGGAGAAAUGUAAGGGUAUUUCUGGGGUCAGUGAAAGGAAAAGAAAAGUGAUCGAGGAAGAGGAAGGGGGAGAAGAGGAUGAUUUAGAGGAGUUCGAGGAGGAGGUUAAGGUGAAGAGGCCGAAAGUUGAGGUAAAAACACCAGAGAUUGAGCAGCUGGUGAUUGAUUACGCUGGAAGGCCUGCGGGUGUCUUGGUUGUGGACCCUGAGAUGGAUAAAUCCGCCGCGUCGAGCUUCUCUAGCGAUCUAAAUACAGGAGAUAGCGACGAAGAUAUCAAAUCACUGACGUCCGACACAAAGAAGGAAGAGGAAGAAGAGUCGAAUGAAAAUGAAUUUGAUACUAGGGGAGAAGAAGGCGACAUCCAAUCUAAGCUAACUCAGGCCCCCGACACGAAAUACAACGACGGAAGUACGACCAACUUUGAUGGCAUCAGACGCGCAAACCGCCCUUGCAAGCUCUUUAUCGACGGCAAAGUACAACAAUAUUACGCCAAAUUUCUUGAAAACAUGAAGUUCGCCACAUUGAAAGCAAUCGCCAUCGAAAAGAUUUUACAAUACAUACCUGAAGGCGAACGGAAAUACUACGUCAAUCUUCUUUUCACGAUGGCUGAGAAGUACAAGAUGGCGACUGAGAGGGUUGUGACCAGUAGAACCAAUGAUCCCGUUAAACGCCCAAGAACCAAAGAACAAGUCGGCCGGUUAGUAAAGCUAUUACCAAAGUCCAAGGACCACGAUGCAGAAGCAGAGAAUCCUUGGAUGCCAACCGAAUCGAGCUAUGAAAAGGAUAUGAAAACAAUCAAUUCAUUCCCCUACGGAGCGCUCUGGCGGAUAAGUGACGACUCGUCCUGUAGUAAGCUUCGUAAAGCCUCGGAAGGCCUCAUCUCAUUCAAAGACGAAGUCCGUCUAGACACGCCAGAGCGCCGAUCACAUCAUAUUGCCAACCAUGCCGAUUACGCAAACCGUAAGCAAACCCCUUUUAUCUCCUUCAGUAGCGAUCACAAUGAAAUCUUCAACAAACGAGCCCCAGAAUCGAAAAGGAAACAAGAAAAAAAGAAAAUCGCAUCAGUCACCAAACUCGUCAUGGUCAACCCGAAAGCUCGAAUCGCAAAGGGCCUUCCGCUGCUCUCGAUGAUGGAACAACUGGAAUUUUACAAGAUCACGCCGAAAUGUGGCGAUCCGAAUAUCUACGGUCCGGAUAAUUGGUAUAGACAUGAGUAUCUGGCGGUCUUCAGCGUUUCGCCGGAUGAGAUUGCGGGGACGUGGUGUUGGGAACAUGUGGAGAAGUGGAUUACGAAGAAUCGAAGCUCUUUUCGGGCUUGGAUUGAGGUGGUUGCGGCGCCGGUUUUGAAGGGGCAUGAGGAGGCGAGAUUGAAGGGAGAGGCCGUUGAGGGUGGGUGUAGUUGCUCGAGGAGUUGCCAGGGUUGA